AAUAUUCAAUUAACUUCAGUAUCCACAGCAUUGCUCUCACCAGUGCAGUCGGAACAGAGAACCAAACCUUAUCCAAUUCCCCCCUCUCCAGCGUUUCUCCUCCUCUGACCCAACCCCGUCUGCUGUCUGCAGCGGAGAACUCAACGUUAAUGGCUGUCGUAGCCUGUGCGUACAAUCUCUCUCAACCACCAUCCGCCUCAAAGAUUGAUUGUGCUUAUGAACAAUCAAAUUCAGUUCAGAAACUUUGGAUCCUCCCUACCACCAACCAUUUGGAAAGAUAUGGAGAGAUGUAUAAACACAAAAGGAAGCAGAAAGUCAUGGAAUCCUUUCCUUUUAAAGCAACCCAAAUGUCAAAAUAUAUAUCUUCACUAGUGGCAACUAAUAAAAUUUCUCAGUUCCCAUCAUCAACAAGAAACUUGUUGCAGAAUCGUGUCUGCUUAUCACGCAAAGCACCUAUACAUGCAACACUGAAUAGCCCAAGAGGCUUUGGACGUCCCCCGAAGAAAACCAAGAAGAAAAAGAAAUCAAAUCCUGGAUGCAAUGUCAAUGAAGAUGAGGAUGAAAAAGAGGAAGAUGAAGAUGGAGAGGCAGGCAUAAUUCCUGAGAUAGUGACCAAUAGAAUGAUUAGCAGAAUGGGAUUUUCUGUGGGAAUUCCACUAUUCAUAGGGCUUUUGUUCUUCCCAUUCUUUUACUAUCUCAAGGUGGUUUUGAAGAUUGAUGUUCCUACCUGGGUUCCCUUCAUUGUUUCAUUCAUUUUUUUCGGAACUGCUCUCUUGGGGGUCAGUUAUGGUAUUGUUUCUUCUAGUUGGGAUCCCGUGAGAGAAGGGUCAUUGUUGGGCUGGAAUGAAGCUCAAAAGAACUGGCCUGUUUUCUGGCAAUCCCUUUGGGGUAGAUCAGGCAAGAAGUAGCAACUAACUCUUGGUUUCUUGCCUGUAUUAAGUCGGUAAGAUCAUCCUCUGUCUUUAGGUUAUAUUUUUGGCUGCUGCAUAACUUAAAAUUCUGAUGAGAUUUGAAUCUUUUAACUGGUAAGUUCUGGGUGCUUUCUUGCCAUUUAUGUUUGCUUCUGGUGGAAUGAAGCUUGUAUGCAGUAGGUAGAGUGUACAGAUUGAACUACAUAUUCUAGUGUCCUUAAAGAGAUAUUGGUAAUGGUAUAUCUAUGCUAUGGGUGCAUCUUGUACAA